AUGGCAGGGAAGGAAGGAAGGAAGACCACGGGGCAAUUCAUCAUUGUGAAUCUCAGCUUGCUGGUCAUGGCCCUCUCCUUAAGAGGAGUGAAAGGCUGUUGUUGUCCCAAUGAUUGGCUGUCCAUGAAUGGGUUUUGCUACAAGGUCAAUGAUGACCUCAAGACCUGGAAUGACGCAGAGAUGUUCUGCAGAAAGUUGAAGCCAGGCUGCCACCUCGCCUCCAUCCAUAGCGUGGCAGAAUCAGCUGACUUGGCCGAAUACGUCUCCGACUAUCUGAAAGGUAGCGGAAAUGUCUGGAUUGGACUGAACGAUCCACGGAAAGUAGGUCCCUUCCUAUUGGCAAUAUUUUGCAAUUCAUUUGUUAUUGUUCCUAAAGGGGAUUGUUGAAGGAU